AGACUUGCUCCGGCCUUCGCUGUCCGCGCCCAGUGACGCGCGUGAGGACCCGAGCCCCAAUCUGCACCCCGCAGACUCGCCCCCGCCCCAUACCGGCGUUGCAGUCACCGCCCGUUGCGCGCCACCCCCAUGCCCGCGGGUCGCCCGGGCCCCGUCGCCCAAUCCGCGCGGCGGCCGCCGCGGCCGCUGUCCUCGCUGUGGUCGCCUCUGUUGCUCUGUGUCCUCGGGGUGCCUCGGGGCGGAUCGGGAGCCCGGCUCACCUCUCCUCUGGACAGGCUCUCACUGUAUGCACAGAUUGGCCUCACAUUUGAUUCCCUUCCUUUGGUCUCCUGGGAUGACAAACAUUUACCAGGACACAGCUGUAAUCAGCCCCCAGGACCCCACCCUUCUCAUCGGCUCCUCCCUGCAAGCUACCUGCUCUAUACAUGGAGACACACCUGGGGCCACCGCUGAGGGGCUCUACUGGACCCUCAAUGGUCGCCGCCUGCCCUCUGAGCUGUCCCGCCUCCUUAACACCUCCACCCUGGCCCUGGCCCUGGCUAACCUUAAUGGGUCCAGGCAGCAGUCAGGAGACAAUCUGGUGUGUCACGCCCGAGAUGGCAGCAUUCUGGCUGGCUCCUGCCUCUAUGUUGGCUUGCCCCCUGAGAAGCCUUUUAACAUCAGCUGCUGGUCCCGGAACAUGAAGGAUCUCACGUGCCGCUGGACACCGGGUGCACACGGGGAGACAUUCUUACAUACCAACUACUCCCUCAAGUACAAGCUGAGGUGGUACGGUCAGGAUAACACAUGUGAGGAGUACCACACUGUGGGCCCUCACUCAUGCCAUAUCCCCAAGGACCUGGCCCUCUUCACUCCCUAUGAGAUCUGGGUGGAAGCCACCAAUCGCCUAGGCUCAGCAAGAUCUGAUGUCCUCACACUGGAUGUCCUGGACGUGGUGACCACGGACCCCCCACCCGACGUGCACGUGAGCCGCGUUGGGGGCCUGGAGGACCAGCUGAGUGUGCGCUGGGUCUCACCACCAGCUCUCAAGGAUUUCCUCUUCCAAGCCAAGUACCAGAUCCGCUACCGCGUGGAGGACAGCGUGGACUGGAAGGUGGUGGAUGACGUCAGCAACCAGACCUCCUGCCGUCUCGCGGGCCUGAAGCCCGGCACCGUUUACUUCGUCCAAGUGCGUUGUAACCCAUUCGGGAUCUAUGGGUCGAAAAAGGCGGGAAUCUGGAGCGAGUGGAGCCACCCCACCGCUGCCUCCACCCCUCGAAGUGAGCGCCCGGGCCCGGGCGGCGGGGUGUGCGAGCCGCGGGGCGGCGAGCCCAGCUCGGGCCCGGUGCGGCGCGAGCUCAAGCAGUUCCUCGGCUGGCUCAAGAAGCACGCAUACUGCUCGAACCUUAGUUUCCGCCUGUACGACCAGUGGCGUGCUUGGAUGCAGAAGUCACACAAGACCCGAAACCAGGACGAGGGGAUCCUGCCCUCGGGCAGACGGGGUGCGGCGAGAGGUCCUGCCGGCUAAACUCUAAGGAUAGGCCAUCCUCCUGCUGGGUCAGACCUGGAGGCUCACCUGAAUUGGAGCCCCUCUGUACCAUCUGGGCAACAAAGAAACCUACCAGAGGCUGGGGCACAAUGAGCUCCCACAACCACAGCUUUGGUCCACAUGAUGGUCACACUUGGAUAUACCCCAGUGUGGGUAGGGUUGGGGUAUUGCAGGGCCUCCCAAGAGUCUCUUUAAAUAAAUAAAGGAGUUGUUCAGGUCCCGA